ACUGUAAGAUGUUCACAAAUCGAAAUGGAAAGAAAACGGGAUCGGUAUGCGAAGGCACUGCAAGUGGCAAGGGAAAUCAGUUCCAUGACUCAUGAAGCUAAGAGGGAUAGCUGCCAGGACUGUGAAGAACUGAAAAGACAGCUGAAGGGCGCAGAGGAGGGGCAAAAGGCAAAUGCAGAGGAACGUGACCAGCUGAGAAGAAAAUUGGAGGACUCAGAGGAAAAAUACGAAUUGGGACGGAUGCUAAGACUCAUGAAGAAGAUUGUGAGCCAGAUUGAGCAGCUCUUGCCCAAUCCGACAGCAGAAGCCAGCAAGGUUGACAUCGGAUAUGGAGUGCUUGUGGAGGCAACCACUCUUGCAAGAAUCGAGUCUCAAUGUGCAAACCCUGCCAACACAUAUGCACGGGUGCUAUUGAGCAAUGUCUUUGGACGGGAGAACCUUAUUGGGAAGUCGCUCUACGGAGUGCAAUCGAAUGCCAACAAGGGCAGUGAUGCGAAGCCGCCAUUGGACCGUGAAAAGCUGGAUGCUGUUCUUGGAGAAGGCCUAACUCUGACCACGACGGAGGCAACCACUCAGGAAGUUUUCCUUGAUACUACGACUGCGAUUACUACGACCUUGGUGCCAACUAAGACUACCCAUACCACGGCUACUACGACCACAGCGCCAAUUGAGACUACUACUACGACUACCACCACGACUACAACCACCACGACUACCACCACUACGACGACAACGACAACCACGACUACUACUACCACCACCUUGAAACCACCUUUGCCUCAUAAGUUUCUUGCCUGCGUCAGUUCAGUCGUUCAGGCAAUAUUUCACCCACUCGAUGAUGUCUGUUACUUCAUGUUCUUCACCGUCCAAGACAUCAAUCAACUAAAAAACAAGAAUCUCGGUCUUGCGAGAAGCAAAGUUGGUAUCGACAUACCGAGCUCAAAAGCCAACGCUAAUCAGGGCAAACUUGAAAGUUCCAUCGCAGCGUACUGGCCAAAGAUCAGAGACUUCGCUGUCCUGGACAUGGAAGUCCGUCCAAGUGUUUCAACUUAUGUCAGUCAUGUCCAAGCAUUUCUAACAGAAACGGACAGACUUCUAAAUAUCCAUAUGAGAGCAGAACCAACGCCAAGGAGGAACGUUGGCUACGUGCUUCUAGGUGUGGCCAUACUCCGGGGAAGCCAACAACCAAGCAUCCUCAUGGCUAACUUCAAUCAACUUGUACAAGUAAUUAAGCCAGACGCAUUGGUGUACCGAGCAACUCUUAAUCGUAAUAUAAUGGACCCAAACGUAUGCAGGGCUACAGGACCGUCACCCUUGCAGGGACCUGGCAUGCCGUCUAUGCAGUCAUCAUUCGUUGAGUCGCUGUCAUUCAGGCAUGUGACUGGGUUCCAACCGCUGCCUUUGAAAACAGCGGAAGUGCUCUCUUUCAGCGCUGCGGCCCUUAUAACUGCCUACACGGAUGCUUAUAGACCACUCACAGCUCCAUGCCGGAGUGUCACCCAGGCGAAUCCAAAAGAAUUGGUGUGCCAAAAGGAACGAUAUCAUGAUAUAGUGAUCAAACGUAAUUUGUACCUUGAAACCGACACCAUCCGAUUCGACAAAUGGGGCGGUACGUUCGACAGCACUGUCAAAGUAGCGUACGACUCGGAUUGCACUAUGUCGACAAAGAUGUGUUGGUCUUUCCAAAACCAUAACUUCACGGGCGGCUACGUCAUCUUCGACGUUCACUUUCACUACCUGUGUUCAGCACCACCAGCAUUAGUAGAUUCCAAGGGUGACUUUGGCGUUGUGAAGCGGGCAAAAGUUAAUAUGAACAAGAACGACCAGGGGAUAAAGUGCGGGGACUCGUGCUGAUAAGCUCAUGCGAAGAAUGUGAUUACCGUUUGGAUGCGGAGUAUUGUUUACAUGGCCGUGAAGCAAUCUGAUAUGAUGCAAUAUAUG